AUGGCAGCCAACAGCUACUACCAUGGCGGUUACAGCAACAACCCGCCUUCCUAUGAGCAAGCUAAUCCUCACUUCGAUAACAUUCCGACCCCAGGCCAUCCUGACUUCCACACACAUCCUUACGAGCCCACGGCAGCCGACCCUCAACUUCACCACAGUCAACAAUCUCUCGGUUCCGACCAAGCAUAUGCGGCCGGUGGAAGGCUGAAUGAUGAACCCUACUCUGAAAAUAUUCCGCUGAAGAGCAAUCAAUAUGCAAAUGGAUCUCCGCCGCCGAACUGGAUGCACCAGCCGACUCAUUAUUCGCCCACCCCUGAAGAUAUCGAACCACCGGUCGCUCCGACAGCGCGGAGGAACAGGAACAGGAAGAAGGGAUUCUUCCAGAAGAAGAUCCCGUGGGUAACAUAUGCGUUCACCUUGGUCCAGAUCAUUGUGUUCAUCGUGGAAUUGGUGAAGAAUGCUCAAUUUACAGGCUCUCCUAUCGAGACAAAACCGUCCUUCAACGUGAUGAUCGGACCAUCCUCGUACAUGCAAAUCUACAUGGGAUCGCGCUACACACCAUGCAUGAAGAACGUACCUGGCAUUCAGAACGCCAACGAAACGGUUCUCUUCUCUUGCCCGAAUGCCACCACGACGGCGACUGAGUGCACACUGUCUGAAGCGUGCGGUUUCAGCGGUGUACCGAACCCUCAUCCACACGGAUCGCUUGACGACAAACCGGCGCCCAAUCAAUGGUUCCGGUUUAUUAUCCCCAUGUUCAUUCACACUGGAUUCGUUCACAUCGGCUUCAACUUGAUCGUGCAGUUGACCAUGGGAGUUGACAUGGAGCGGAUGAUUGGCUGGUGGCGGUAUUUCCUGGUUUAUGUGGCCAGUGGAAUUUGGGGCUUUGUUUUGGGAGGCAACUAUGCCGGGCAGGGCGAGGCGUCGUGCGGCUGCUCUGGUGCUCUGUUCGGUAUCCUCGCUCUUUUCAUCUUGGACCUCCUCUAUACAUGGAAGGACCGCGCUUCUCCUUGGGUGGAGUUGAUCAUUAUGAUCCUGGGUAUUGCGGUGUCGUUCGUAUUGGGGCUCUUGCCAGGGUUGGAUAACUUUGCUCACAUUGGUGGCUUCACCAUGGGGCUGGCUCUGGGCUUGUGUCUUCUUCGGUCGCCUAACGCGUUGCGCGAGAGAAUUGGCCUGGCGCGGAACCCGUACGUUGCCAUGAGCGGAGGGGCGGGCACUCCCACGCCCGAUGACAGCCAGAAGGUGAAUACUGGGCCCAGCCUGGCUGAUUUCCUCAAGGGACGUCGGACUCGCACCGGAGCAGGCGCCAGCAACAACAAGUGGAACCCAGUGAACUUCUUCCGGGGUCGGAAGCCGCUGUGGUGGGCAUGGUGGUUGGUUCGCGCGGGCGCCUUGGUGGCGGUGCUCGUCGGCUUUAUCCUUCUGAUUGUCGAUUUCUACAAGUAUCCCAAGUCGAACUGUUCCUGGUGCUACCGGUUGAGUUGUCUGCCUGUCAAUGGAUGGUGCAAAGAAGGCCAAUUGACGACGACAACGACAACGAAGACAUCCUGAGCGACUACAUUGCGAAACAUUUUCUUUC